UUACGACGUAGUAACUAGCGUCCCAGUCAGUCAGUCAGUCAGUGAGUGAACCAAGUUUCCAGCGAGUCAGUCAUCACGGUCUGCAACCUUUCUUUUUUGAAAUGAGCUCACACGGCGGCCGCGGGCGGGAUUUAUGCGGUUAUAGAAGACCGUGAUCGUGGGUUUGGAGGGGGCCCGGUCCGGCCCGGUCCUCCGGAGAAGCUGAAUAUGGGUCAGACUGCCGUCUCUGCCGUGUCUCAGCCUGCGAGCGUUGAUGGGUUGGAGAAAUCACCAUCGCUGGCCAGCUGUGACGUGGUGGUGGACUUUGCCACCAGUACCCAGAAUGCCCCUGCAUCACGGCAGCAGCGAGGCAAGCUGUCGUCACUAGGAAAACUGUUCAAACCCUGGAAGUGGAGGAAGAAGAAGACCAGCGACAGGUUCCAGGAUCUUUCCAAAGUUCUUGAGAGAAAAAUCUCAACAAGACAAACGAGGGAGGAUCUUAUCAAGAAAGGAGUACUCAUGCCUGAACAAGAUGAACCAAUCAGCAGUGAAAAUCUGAACGGCCAUGCCACAUCCAGUGUGACAUCAGAGGAGGUCACAGUUGACAUCGAGUCAACAGAAACACAGCUGGAGGAACAGGCCAGCACCGAGGACAAAACAGCCAAAUCUUCUCAUCCAAAGAAGACAGGAUGCACAACAAAAGCGACCUCCACUUCCACCUCCACCACCACCCCUCGUUCUCGUGCGUCUAAGGAUGCAGGCGCUGCAGCACAGACUAAUGGGACAAAUGCAAAGACCAACCGGAAAGCAGACACCUGCACCUCUUCCUCUGUACCUCAAAAGGCUUCCACAGAGACUCCUAGCCAGCCUGGGGAGUUAAAAUCAUCGCCCCUUUCCUCAGACACCCAGCCUGGCUCAUCUAAAGCCUUGGGCACUGAGACAGAGGGCAGUCAUGCUGCUGAUCCACAGCUUAAAUCUGCUACCGGUGCAUCUACCGCAGAUGGGGAGAACCACAGGGGUAUAGCCCAGGAGCCCACUGUCCAAUCUCCCCAUAUUAACACUGUUACAGAGGACACUUCCUUCACAGUGGGAGAAAUGGACAGAAGCUCACAGGGGGAGAAACAGGGGAGGACGGGAGGGGAGGGAGCAGAAGAAGAAGAAAAGAGAAAAGGAGAACUGGAGACUGCUGGGGAGAAUAGCCCGAGGUCAGCUGAGGUCCAAGCUGAAAAGCCGCAGGGCCACAGUGUGAACGUAGAGCAGGCCAAGGUGACUGUUAUCCCCGAUAGGCCAAGAGACAGUCAAGCUAGCGAUUCGGACUCCGACGGACCAAUCCUGUACCGCGACGAGGAGGAAGAAGAGGAGGAGGAAGACGAGUACACAAGCAGCUCUCUGGCCAGCAAGAUCCGCCGACGAGACACCUUGAACAUCAAGCUGGGGAACCGACCCAGCAAGAAGGAGCUGGAAGAGAAAAAUAUUCUGCCACGGAGCUCCGAGACAGAGAGACACGAACUACGCCAGCAGAUAGGCUCCAAAUUAGUCAGGCGCUUGAGCCAAAGACCCACCACAGAGGAGCUGGAGCAGAGGAACAUCCUCAAACAAAAGAAUGAAGUGGAGGAGCAAGAAGCCAAGCAGGAGAUUAAAAGGAGACUCUCCAGAAAGCUGAGUGUUCGGCCUACAGUGGCAGAGCUCAUCGCUCGCAGGAUCCUGCGUUUUAACGAGUAUGUGGAGGUAACGGACGCCAAGGAUUAUGACCGGCGGGCAGACAAACCCUGGACACGGCUCACUCCUGCUGACAAGGCUGCUAUCCGUAAGGAGCUGAAUGAGUUUAAGAGCAGAGAGAUGGAGGUUCAUGAAGACAGCAAACAGUUCACCAGAUUUCAUCGGCCCUAAGCACUCUCACUGCCAGCUGGACGUCAGCACCACAAGUUCUCCAGUCUCCAGCUCCCAGAAAUCUCCCAGACCUCCAGACCCACAGUACACAGCUCAGUCCACUCUGCUUUGGGAUCUUCUUACUCCUGAUGAUAUGUAUUUAUGUCUAUAGUAAGAGCUACAGGUGCGUCUUAAGGUUUCGGCCAUUCGUGGCCACCAGUGAAACAUUUGCACAUAUCUAUAUUCAAUACAGUGAUGUGUAUAGCGCUCUGAUUAGAACCAUUUAUUUAUUGUAGAUGGCCGGAAACCUGCUGGUAAAUGUUGUUUUUGUCUGUUUUUUUUUUGUUCUUUGGAUCACCUCAGGCUUCAGGCAAUGAGAGGUUGGAUGAAGAAAAAUGGGCAAAAAAUACCAUGUAAAUAUGAAUGAGGCCCAAGUGUACUAUAGCUUUUAAGUAAAACACAAGGUAUGCCUUGUCCUAAACUGCCAAAUGGCCAAAUAAGGACAUCCUUCUAGGACAGGAAAUGGAGUGAUUGGAGGAUCGUGUGCUGAUGUCAGUGCCUAUGUCAUGGCUCAGAGGGGAGGAGAGGCAGUUUGUUCUGCUCCGAUGUGCCUCUCGGAGUUGAAUCUGAAAUACUGCAGUUCAUUUUUAGAGAUAUUUAAAGAAUAUUGCCACUAGAGGGCAUUAUAUCAUAAGAAUUAUAGGGUGUAAGGAUGAAGAUGUGUUUUUGCGGAUGAAGAAUAACCUGUGAGUGUUAUAUUUAUAACUGCUGAAGCUGAGGGAGAGGUGGACACUUUAGGCUUUAACAGUGAAGUGCAAUGGUCAUCACACCAAUUCUAAUCCCUGAGCACACUGAUGAUACAUGAAACUCAUGUACUGUCAUUUAUCCUGUGUUGAGAUACUAAGUGCAAAAGUCCUGCUCACCAAGUGUUGGACUCGCUGUUUUAGAGGAUUCAAGCUUAAAAUUCAGUUUCCCAUUUUUGGCCGAUGCUCUUACUCAGAGUGAUUUGGUGCCAAAGAAGUAGCAAUCAUUUGAUUAUACAUUGGUAUUUUUUUAUUUGAAAGUUUACUGGUUUGAUUUAAUUUUUUCUUUUUUGGGGGGUAGACUUCAUAUGAAGGUUUUAUGAUAAAGAACAGGCACUGAGAUUUCCACCACUGAAGCAAUCAACUGCCCUCUCAAAGAAGUGAAGGAGUACUUUAUUUUCCGUUUCCUUUAACAUGCUUCUGCCGUCUAAUCUGUCUGCCGGUGAUAACUAUUUAAGGACAGACUUGCUGACAAGUGGCCCCCUUUACAUCUUGCCUUAACAUGCACCUUGAAUCAAGCACUUCGGGAUCUGUUCUUAUCAACGCACAGUUUUGUCUUUUUGUUCCCAAACUAUAGAAUUGUACCAUGAACCAGAGACUCUAAAGGAAUAGUUUGACAAUUUUGGGAAAUACACUUACUUGCUUUCUUGCUGAGGGUUAGAUGAGAAGAUCGAUAUCACUCUCAUCCGCAUGCUAAAUAUGAAGCUAGAGUCAGGAGGAGAGGAUAUUAGCUUGCUUGCUAGCAGGUUUAAACAGCUAGCCUGGCUCUAUACAUUUUAGUUUUUGUACAAAUUCAACUAAGGUGAUUAAACAUGUUAAUUUGUAAGCUGUAGAGGUGCUGUUAGGCUUUUUUUUUUACCUUUGAAGCUAGAUAACAAUUCUGCCAAACAUUUUGGCAUUUACACAGAAACAAAUCUUAUUACUUAUCACUUUUUACAUGUAGUAAACAUACUUCCUGAGGGACGAUCUGGUACUUCUUUGAUUUGUCAGUUAGCACACUACAGGGAUUAAUCAAUUUUAUAUUUCACUGCUCUUUGGGAUUAAAACUAUAUUUUGUAUGCAUUGUGUGUCUUCUAGAAGUCAGAAUUGACUGUAAGAUGAUAACACAAUUGUACAACAACUUGAAUACACAUGAGAGUAUUUGCCUUUGUUUAAAUGUGCAGAUACACUGACAUUUAGUUGGGUGUAGAUUUAUAGCCGAGGUGGUUUGAGCAGUUGGAUCUCUUUCCAUCUUUGGUGCAAUCAUAGAUUUUCUGCUCUUAAGUGGUCUGUCUGGAUAAAAUCCAAAUAGUUAAGCUGCAUAUUAAUGCAAAAUGUAAAGGAGAUCAAUUAAUAAUGAUUUGUUUCUGUGUGAAUGCCAGAAUCUUUGGCUGAGCUGUUACAAAAGGACAAGGGUGAAUGAUAUAAGAAGCUGAGACAGGAAAGAAAACUUGAUGGCUAACUCAUUUCUUUGGAUGUUCCUAUAAAAACAAAUCAAAGAGUAGGGUUUUUGUAAUUUUUCCCUCCCAGCAUAUGUGAUGUUGGCUGAAAAAUGAUUGACAGAUCGAGCUUGCUGACGUCCUGAGGCUUGUGUUGUCACAAUAGGCCUCCAACCUCCACAAUGCAGUUCUUACAAAUAGUAACUGAAAAGGACUUUAUUCUCUCUGCUUCUGAAUGUGCAGAGGUUGUAACAUGAAAUUAUGUACAGUGACGGGAAAGAACCAACAGUAUUCAUUCAUUUCAAUUUCUAUGUUGUUAUAUAUUGAUUGUUUUGUACAGAAUGUAUAUCGAGCAUGUGCAUACAUUGAAAUCAAUUUUACUACCAAUAUGAAACAAUACAAUUUGAUGUGAAUGUUUUAAGCUCUGAUUAUAGUUGUUUUAUUUUUUAACUGUUAUCAUCCCCAGACACUGAUGGUGCAAUGAGCGGUCUAGCACUAUAUAUAUAUAUAUAGUGCUGUUUCCGGGCAGCAUAUCAAAUACGGAACUAGACAUUAUUUAGGUAGUGAUAAAUCUCUUCACUUAAACUGAAAGUCAGCAGGUGCAUUGCAGCAGGUCUUUUAUGGAUGGUGACAGAGUUUAAAAGCUAUUUCUAAUCCAUUCUGGACUUCACUUUGAUUUAUUCCUUCAGAUGACCAUAGUUCACCUUUCACAAAGUACAAAAUGUGACUUAAAUUGUUGCCAUAAUCACGAUAAGUGUUUAAACAUGUUCAAAUUUAACUCCAUUAGUUUGAGUAUAUAAUCUAGUUCCACCUAAUAAGUAAGUAAACAUAAGGAGUCAGUUCAGUGGGUGUUUAGCUCCUGCAAAGGCGAAAAUAGUUCACACCAACAGUAAAUACAGCAUUAAAAGACGAGACAGCUUCUAAUUCAGAUACACAAAUGAAAGGUUUUAUAUGGUGAUGCAGCUUUGAUCCCUUCAUAGCUGAAUAAACAUGAAUGUGCUGCUUGGAGUAAGAUUAUUUUCCUUUAAACAAGACAUUAAUUAAUAGAAACAAAGGAUAACACUUUAUUUUAACCCUCCAUCCCUGUUUACUAUAAGCACUAUAUAAUUAAUGAAUAGUUAAACACACUUUUAUGUAUUUUUAAGCAACCAACUCCUUAUAUGAAGCCUCUGUAAGUGUUGUAUAAACAUGAAUACUUUCUAAUAUGGAGUGUUUAUAUACUGCUUAGAAAUAAGAAAUGGGGAGAUUAAAAUAAAGUGUUACCAGGGUUACCAAUCCUACCAAGAGCUUGUUGUUAUUUCUUUAAAAUGGUGACUUUCUAAUGAUGAAACUACAUAUAGGGAGUCCUGGUCAACAUUUAAAUGUUUUUUUGUUUUUUUCUGUGACACUCAUGCAUCAUUCGACAUUUUAGUCCAGAAUUAGAUAUAGCAUCUAGACUGAGCAGUUGAAAGCGUGAAAGAGCCUUGAAGGUUGGUGUUUAGUCAUAACCAGUCAGUAUUAAUCACACGGAGCGAGUCCUGUAAAAACUUUUAUGGCUGCAGUCUGUUUCAUCUCAUAUGUACGUAAACGUAAAAUAAACUCAUUAAAGAUUAUGAUCCAAAUAAGCUUUAAGAGUUAUUACAUACGCCACGUUUCUCUGUGUUGCUGAUGAUGUGGUAUAUGUGAAAUUAAAAUUAUCAAACAUAUAAUUCCUGCCAUUAAAUUUGAAAUAUUAAGGAUUUUGCUAAAAUUCCGGUUGACUUGGUUUAAAAACAUUCACAACCACAUUUACUUUCCUGGCUGUUGCGUUUAAUUAGCAGUGCUGGAGAGCUCCACCAGUUCAUGAAAAUGUUUACAUUUGCUGUUUUAAUGGUGCUUGAGGCUUCCUUUAUUACUUUCCCCAAAACAAAUCUCUAACUUUUGACAGGAGCCAUAAUCAAACUGCUGCUGCUGUUCAUAAAAUGCCUUUUAUCUUCAACAUAAUCUUUUUCUUGGUCCUGUGAAAUUCACAGUACUCUUUGUUUUGCUUCACACUAUUAACCUUCUAACUGUAACAACACAACAGCAGCAAGACGCUCAAAGCAGCUGAACAGAUUAUCUUCCUGUAUGUGACCCAGGACUGGAUAUUUCACUCUGACUCCAAACACCUUUUACUGUAUGUUUCACAUAAAAGAUUCAUCUUUGAAGUCAUACAAUGAUGUCAUUUAUCUCCCAAACAGCUACUGUUAUGUCAAACUGUGUAUAUUGUUUUUGUAUAUAAAAAGUCGUGAAAAAACAUC